AUGAGCCAGAACAGCCUCCACAACGUCCCUGCUGUCCCACCACCACCACCAGGUGCAGGCCACGUCACCGAGCUCGACCCGUAUGUCACCAGCAGGAGCCGGGGUUACAGUUCUGCAUCGCAGUCGGGCCGCGGAUCCGACCACGAAGGAGGUGGUGGCGCCCUUGGCACCGCCAAUGGCCCGGGUCAUCUCGGCGGAAUGCUCAACAAACCUCGAGACGCCAUGCAGCCGUCACCACUUGCCCAGUCGUACUUGUCCGAUUUGAACCAGUCAUACUUGUCCGAUUUGGGCAAGCCCCAGCCUGCACUUCCAGAGCCGCCACAGCCCAAGAAGGAGGUUCCAGAGGCGCCAAAGCCUAAGAAGGAGAAACAGAGAUUCUGGAAGCUAGGCGGGGAUAGAAAGAGCAAGGACGCAAAGGAGGCCAAGAACAAGGACGUUAACGUUGCGGUCCUUGAGCGCGUCCCGUCUCCUCUCAUGGCUCCUCCGCCACCACUACACACGUCGAUGGACAAUGUCAAGCGCCCAAGCGCAGAGGACUUUAACGAUGGCUCCAUUCGUUCCCUGCCACCACAGUCCCUUCAUGGCAACAGCAACCCGCAGCCGGUCUCCAGUGCCCCUGUUGCUCACUCUGGCCACGGCCACUCAAGCUCGAUUGGCCACGGUUUCGAGGAUCAUCACCUCCGUGCGCAUGGCAUCAACAUCAACCUCCGGAUGAAGCGUGACGCCGAUCACGAUGGCGAUGACGUCGCGACUCAAAUCCGCAAGCUGUGUGGCUCACGCGGGACGACGUUCCAAGAUGUUUUGGAUUUGUGUGACAAGGUUAACGGCUCGGAACACAGCCAAGAGAUCGGCCGCGAAGCGACGAGAUGCAUCUACAAGAUGUUCAAGAUCGGCAACGACCGAGAGCGCCGUAUGGCGGCGAGAGUAUGGCUCAUUACCAUGAACAACAUCGGGACCCCGGACUACCAUCGCCAGGCAACGAAUCGCAAGCUGCUUGGCUCCAUUGAGCGCAUUCUCAAGAGGAACACCGUCCCUCAACCCUCAAGUGCGACGUGCAAGCGGGUUAUGGAAAUUGUCUCUGGCGUCACCUACGAUUACCAUGCCAACAGUAGUUGUGAAAAUCUCCUCGACCUGUGGAACAACGUCAAGCGGCCAGAAGAUCCAGAGUUUGGCACCAAACUUCCAAACGACUAUCUGCCUCUUGCCUCGGAUCCCCUAAGCGCGCGGAAUGAGCGUACAGAGUUCCCUAACCCCGUCAUCACCUCCAUUGGCCCUGGUCAGAGAUCGCCUCUCCCAUCUCCUGCCCCCUCUCUUGUUUCGCGCCCGCCCUCCGAGCCACUCUCACGUGGGAUGCACAGUGUCCGCGGUCCUGGAAGCUCGCCGCCGCAGGUCGGUGUCCCGUACUCGGCUCUGCCCGACCACGAUGUCGACAUCCGCCGUCUUCUCGACGAGUGCAGCAGCGCGUUCGCCACGGCCACCAAGCUGCAUGAAGCCUGCGUGUUCACAAGCCCUGAAGAAUUUGACACCAACUCGGCAUUACAUGACCUGCAUCGCAAGGCUGUCAGGAAGUUUGAUUCUCUCAACAGCCAGAUGGCCUGGGCAGAGUCGCAGGCGGAGAAGUCGCGUCGGACAGCUAACUCGGUACCUCGAGCCGAGCAGAUUACACUGGCAACUCCAGAGGAGUCUGCCAUGGGGGUUCUUCUCCAAGCACACGGAAAGCUCGCGGAGUCUCUGACCGAGUAUGGCGACCUUCAGAAUCGAUCCAUCGAGGAGCUUGAGAUCCGCCUUGUUCAAGAACGGAGCAAGACGGACACACGCCGGGACUACACGCAGCAGAGGGACAUGCUCAUGGCGCCCAACGAGGGUAUGGCAACGUCGUCGAGAUCGCCAUCGCCAUCGCACGCCAUCAAGCCGCAGCAAGAAAAUGGCCGCUCGCCUCGGACCACAGACUCAGGUCAUGGCCACAGCUCACAUGGCAGCCACGUUGUUAAUCUCACAGCCCCAGUAGUUUCUCACAGCCUCGAGCCCGUGCGCUCACGUUCGCCUUCUCCCGGCCACGGCCUUCCGCUUCCACCCAAGAUUGCCACGGGCCAGUCACCGCCGCGCUCCGGCUCUCCGCAGGGUCGGGCAGCGCGUGUCCCGGGUCCGCGUCCGCAGCCUACCUCGGGCACGCAACAGUUCAGGUCGGUCAACAGCAACCCCAACCUCGUCUCAUCGGGGAUUGAGACCCAUGGCACGCGCUUGCUCCCCCGUCGAGGUGACAGCGGCAGCUCUGGCGAUGAUCCCAUCAUCAACGGCAAUGCUGCGAUCGAUGGCGACGAUUUCGCUCCCCGACCCAGUCGCAAGGCUCUCGGCAAGCGCCGUGCCGUCGUCGACAAUGACAAUGACUUUGACCCCAACGAUCUGUUCAUGGAGCCGAAGCAGACCAUGGACGCCACAACAGACGACACGGUCACCAAACCCGAAGUCAAGUAUGUGUACGAUGCGUGGGAGGAGGCGAAUCGCGAAAAGAAGAAGAUGGCAGAGGAGGCUGCAUCGGCGGCGAAGAACUUGCCGCCCACGCCCACCAUGCGCUCGCCUGCGACGCCGGCGAUUUCUGCACCAAUCGUGUCGGCGAGGUAG